AUGGCUGAAGAGGCUCCAGACUCCUCUUUUAUUCCCCGUAUAAUUAGGAGAAGCACCUUCCCUCCCGGCUUUGUUUUUGGUUGUGCAUCAUCUGCUUAUCAAUAUGAAGGUGCUGCUUUUGAGUAUGGGAGAACACCAAGUAUUUGGGAUACAUUUACUCAUCUACACCCUGAUAGGAUUGAUGAUGGCAGUAAUGCAGAUGUAACUGUUGAUCAAUACCAUCGAUACCUGGAAGAUGUUGACAUUAUCAAGAAAUUAGGUUUCGAUGCAUACCGAUUCUCAAUUUCAUGGUCUAGAGUCUUGCCAAAGGGAAAGCUUUCUGGUGGUGUUAAUCAAGAAGGAAUUGAUUAUUACAAUAGACUCAUCAACGAUCUCCUCUCAAAAGGUAUCGAACCAUAUGUAACAAUUUUCCAUUGGGAUGUUCCUCAAGCUUUAGAAGAUGAAUAUCUAGGCUUCUUGUCCGAACGAAUUAUAAAUGAUUAUCGAGAUUUUGCUGAGCUUUGCUUCAAAAAGUUCGGAGAUAGAGUGAAACAUUGGAUCACUUUUAACGAGCAAUAUAUCUUUGCCUCAUAUGGCUAUGCAACUGGACUAUUUGCACCCGGCAGAGGCUCGUUCUGGAAACUGUUAGAUUGUGAACUUAAGGGAAAUCCUGGAACUGAACCGUAUAUUGUUGGUCACAACCAAAUUCUCGCACAUGCUCUAACGGUUAAACUUUACAAGUCUAAAUAUGAGUAUCAAAAUGGUCAAAUUGGGGUGACAUUGAAUACGGAUUGGUACGUCCCAUAUUCAAGCAGUGAGGACGACAAAAAAGCUACAUCUCGAGCUCUUGAUUUUUCUCUUGGUUGGUUUUUGCAUCCUUUGGUGUAUGGAGAUUAUCCAGCCAGCAUGAGAGAACUUGUGAAGGAGAGAUUGCCCAAAUUCACAGAAGAUGAAGUUACAUUGGUGAAAGGGUCAUAUGAUUUUCUUGGAAUAAAUUACUAUACAGCUAAUUAUGCAAAAAAUAAUCCCAAUGUUGAUCCUAACAAACCAAGCCAAGUCACUGAUCCCCAUGCCGAUGUUUCAACUGAUCGAGAUGGAGUUUCAAUUGGCCCAAAGGUGAGUGAUGAAUCUUGGCUUGCAGUUUAUCCAAAAGGAUUGAGAGAUCUUAUGGUACAUAUAAAGAUUCAUUACGAAGAUCCAAUCAUUUACAUCACAGAAAACGGAUAUCUUGACUAUGAUAGUUCCAACGUCGAGAAACAACUUAUGGACUUGGGUAGAGUUAAAUACCACCAAGAACAUCUCAUUAAACUUCAUGAAUCAAUGGAGGCUGGAGUAAAGGUUAAAGGAUAUUUCGCAUGGACAUUAUUGGACGAUUUUGAAUGGUCAAGAGGAUAUACUAUGCGCUUUGGAAUAACAUACGUUGAUUUCAAAAACAAAACUUUGGAACGAAUCCCAAAACUAUCAUCAAAGUGGUUCACCCAUUUCCUAAGCAGUUGA